AUGGAGUUCGUAAAGUACGCAGUAAUACUGCUGGGAUUAUUGGCUCGGAUCUGCAGCUGUACACAGUUAGGUGCGCAAAAUUGGACACUUACCGUGACCAGGUCGUCAUGGGGUACCGUCUUUGAGGGCAGCAACGUCACGUUCACCUGCACCAUCGGCAGCGACAACCCAAACCUCUCUGUAUGGAUAGAGUGGCGGCACACCCUUUUUGGGGACGAAAUCAUCACUCUCAGCGAGCCUACAUACGUAACAGGCAGCCACACUUUGACACUUACGGGGGUGUCUGGGAACCAGGCCGGCUACUAUCGAUGUGUUGGGAGCACCUCCUGGUCACCAGCCUAUUGGAAUCCCACUACAAUGUCUGGUUGGAGUUCCUUACCGCUCCGCUAUCGCCCCGUAUAUAUGAACAAGGACAGGACGUGGAUUGGUGCGAACGACAACUACAAGGCAACUUUAGAAUGCUUCGUUCGAAGCGAUCCCCAGGCUACAGUCACUUGGUACGGUCCAAACGGUGCAAAUAUAACCGAAGACACGGAUCCCGACCGAGUCUCAAUUGAAGAAGAUUCUUAUCAGAAUCCGUAUGCUGGAUAUAUAGUCGAUAGUCUCUUGAUCAUCGAUCCAGUGAAUUCCAGCACCGAUUAUGGGAUGUACAGGUGUAGGGCUGCCAACGCCAUCGGUACAUUUGUCGACCAUGACAUCGAAUUGAAAGAAACAGGACCACCUGAGGCGCCAAAGAACCUCGCAAUAUCUAACAACUACGUAACUAAGGAUACCAUCGGGUUCAACUGGGAACCAGGCUAUGACGGGGGCGAGAAAUUGGAGUCCUAUUACAUGAACAUUCGCGAGAUUCCGGGAGAUUUCAAUGCGUCGAACUGGAUCCAACGUAGCCUGCAGGAGCGGUAUUGGGCGUAUACUGACCUCCAGCCGGACACACUUUACCAAAUAGCAGUGUAUGCGAGGAAUAAACUCGGGACGAGUCCAUACUCGACUCUAGAUGUGCGCACUGCGCCUUUGGAACCGGGUCAGUUGGAUAGUUAG